CGGAGUCCGUAUGUUUUUCCCAGGAUGCCCCGGGCUUCUGUCAUGGCGGCCCCCUUGGGCUGGUAUCAGCACAUGGGGUUCUAGAGUUCUGGGUAUAUCCACAGGAAUUAUCGCUGAUAGACUUCGGCGUCUCUGGACCCUCCUCCUUUCACUUUCUUUUGAGAUUCCUCUGUGAUCCUUCUGGGGACCCAUUUUGGCUGGGGUGAUGUCGAGGGGGAUGUGGACCCCGGAGCUGGCAGUUUUGAGGGGCUUCACCACUGAGGCUGAGCGGCAGCAAUGGAAGCAGGAGGGAGUCGCUGGCUCAGAGAGUGGAUCUUUCCUACAAUUGCUGCUAGAAGGAAACUAUGAGACCAUAUUCUUAAAUUCAUUGACUCAAAAUAUUUUUAAUUCAACAAAGAUGGCUGAAGAAAAGAUUGACAGCUACCUAGAGAAGCAGAUAUUAACAUUCCUGGAUUUCUCACCAGAUUUGGACAAAACCCAAAGGCAACAGCUGAUAUUCCUGAUUGGUGUGAGCAGUUUGCAACUCUUUGUUCAGAGUAACUGGACGGGGCCUCCUGGUGAUUUACACCCUCAGGAGUUUUUGCCGUCUGUUUUGUUCCAGCAAUUCGGUGAGGCGAAAGGACUGGAUGCAGCUGUCCUGAGUCUGCUCGUUCUAGAUGGUGAAUCCAUCUACAGCCUCACCUCAAAGCCCACGCUGCUGUUACUCGCCCGAGUCAUCCUAGUGAACGUGAGACAUAAGCUGACAGCAGUGCAGAGCUUGCCAUGGUGGACUUUGAGGUGUGUGAAUAUUCAUCAGCAGUUGCUUGAGGAACGCUCUCCUCAGCUUUUUGCUGUGGCUGAAGGUUGUAUUGAUCAAGUGAUGAAGCUAGAGGAUCUGUUUGCAGGUGAUUCAGGUCACUAUUUGGCUAUUCAGUUUCAUCUGGAAUGUGCAUAUAUAUUUUUAUAUUAUUAUGAAUAUAAAAAAGCAAAUGAUCAGUUUAGUAUUGCUAAAGACAUCAGCAAAUUACAAGUUGACUUGACAGGAGCUUUGGGCAAAAGGACACGGUUCCAGGAAAACUAUGUGGCACAACUUAUUCUAGAUGUAAGAAGGGAAGGGGAUACAAAUUCAGAUUGUGAAUUCAGUCCAGCUCCAACUCCUCAGGAGCAUUUAUCCAAGAAUCUUGAGCUGAAUGAUGAUACUGUUCUAAAUGAGAUAAAGUUAGCAGACUGUGAACAGUUUCAGAUACCCGACCUAUGUGCAGAAGAGCUUGCUGUUAUCCUUGGAAUCUGCACAAAUUUGCAAAAGAAUAAUCCAGUGCAUAAGUUAACUGAGGAGGAGCUGCUGGCAUUUACUUCGUGUUUGCUUUCACAACCAAAGUUCUGGGCCAUUCAGACGUCAGCACUGAUCCUGCGGACAAAGCUGGAGAGAGGAAGCACGCGCCGAGUGGAACGGGCAAUGAGGCAGACGCAGGUUCUUACAGACCAAUUUGAAGACAAAACUACAUCCAUACUGGAACGUCUGAAGAUUUUCUAUUGCUGUCGAGUACCACCUCACUGGGCCAUUCAGCGCCAACUCGCAAGUUUGCUCUUUGAGUUGGGAUGUACCAGUUCAGCCCUUCAGAUAUUUGAGAAGCUAGAAAUGUGGGAAGAUGUUGUCAUCUGUUAUGAAAGAGCUGGGCAGCAUGGGAAGGCAGAAGAAAUCCUUAGGCAAGAGCUGGAGAAAAAAGAAACGCCGAGCUUGUACUGCUUGCUCGGAGACGUCCUCCGCGACCACUCCUUCUACGACAAGGCCUGGGAGCUGUCCCGGCACCGCAGCGCGCGGGCCCAGCGCUCCAAAGGCCUGCUCCACCUGCGAAACAAGGAGUUCAAGGAAUGCGUGGAGUGCUUUGAACGCUCCGUGAAGAUCAAUCCCAUGCAGCUCGGGGUGUGGUUCUCUCUCGGCUGUGCCUACCUGGCCUUGGAAGACUACGCCGGCUCUGCCAGGGCGUUUCAGCGCUGCGUGACUCUGGAGCCCGACAAUGCUGAAGCUUGGAACAAUUUAUCAACAUCCUACAUCCGAUUAAAACAAAAAGUGAAAGCCUUUAGAACUUUACAAGAAGCCCUCAAGUGCAACUACGAACACUGGCAGAUCUGGGAAAACUACAUUCUCACUAGCACUGAUGUCGGGGAGUUCUCAGAAGCCAUUAAAGCUUACCACCGGCUCUUGGACUUAAGAGACAAAUACAAAGAUGUUCAGGUCCUGAAAAUCCUGGUGAGGGCGGUGAUUGAUGGGGUGGCUGAUCGCAGCGGAGAAGUCGCAACUGGCCUCAAAGGAAAGCUGCAGGAGUUACUUGGCAGAGUCACUUCAAGAGUGACAAACGAUGGAGACAUCUGGAGGCUGUACGCCCAAGUGUACGGGAAUGGGCACAGUGAAAAGCCCGAGGAAAAUGAAAAGGCAUUCCAGUAUCUCUCCAAGGCGUACAAGUGUGACACACAGUCCAAUUAUUGGGAGAAAGAUAUUACGUCGUUUAAGGAGGUGGUUCAGAGAGCCAUAGGACUUGCACAUGUGGCUGUGAAAUGCAGUGAAAACAAGCCGAGCCCCCAAGAGGCUGUGCAGGCGCUUUCUUCAGUGCGGCUCACCCUGCGGGGCCUGGUAUCUAAGGCAAAGCAACUUUUUACAGAUGUGGCAAGCGGAGAAAUUUCUAGGGAGUUAGCUGAUGACGUAGCAGCUAUGGAUGCCUUGGUAACAGAGCUCCAAGACCUCAGCAACCAGUUUCGCAAUAAGUACUGACCAUCCUGGGAACACUCUGGAAAAGGCGCUUUUGCCUUCUGGGCUUUCUCUUUUACCUGUGUAUCUGAAACACACAAUACUGAUUUAUAAAAUAAAUUUCUUUUUUUAU